CAAGGCUGUGCGUUCCCUUUCCUUUAGCGUUGCUUCCGGUAGCGCCGCCGCCGCCCGCAGGAUGUAGCGGCCGCGCGGCGGCAGAAGGACGCGGAGGGACCUUCACCGGCUGCCUCGGAGCCGCACGCACCCGCCGCCCCGAUGGCGUCCCGCAAGGUCCCCGCCGGGGCGGGCAGCGGGCUUGUGGCCGCCGGCCGAGACCGGGAGCGGGACCGGGAACGGGCGCACCUGGAGCUCGCCGAGCUGGGGCCGCUCUUAGAAGAGAAGGGGGACCAAGGACCGACCGGCGCGGCCAGCGCCGAGGACCCACCAUGCCCAGUGGCUCACGAGGAGGAGGAGGAGGAGGUGGUGCGGGUGCUGACCUUGCCUCUGCAGGCUCACCAUGCCAUGGAGAAGAUGGAAGAGUUUGUGUACAAGGUAUGGGAAGGGCGCUGGCGUGUGAUCCCGUACGACGUGCUGCCCGACUGGCUCAAGGACAAUGAUUACCUCCUGCACGGACACCGGCCCCCCAUGCCCUCCUUCCGCGCCUGCUUCCGGAGCAUUUUCCGCAUUCACACCGAGACAGGCAACAUCUGGACACACCUGCUGGGAUUUGUUCUGUUCCUCUGCCUGGGGAUCCUGACCAUGCUGCGGCCCAACAUGUACUUUAUGGCUCCUCUCCAAGAGAAGGUGGUGUUUGGGAUGUUCUUCCUGGGAGCAGUGCUGUGCCUCAGCUUCUCCUGGCUUUUCCACACUGUGUACUGUCAUUCAGAGAAGGUCUCACGGACUUUUUCGAAGUUGGAUUAUUCAGGAAUUGCACUGCUGAUCAUGGGGAGCUUCGUCCCGUGGCUCUACUACUCGUUCUACUGCUCCCCACAGCCAAGACUCAUCUACCUCUCCAUCGUCUGUGUCUUGGGUAUCUCUGCCAUCAUUGUGGCACAGUGGGACCGAUUUGCUACCCCCAAGCACAGGCAGACCAGAGCAGGCGUGUUCCUGGGGCUGGGACUGAGUGGGGUUGUGCCCACCAUGCACUUCACCAUUGCUGAGGGCUUUGUGAAGGCCACCACGGUGGGGCAGAUGGGCUGGUUCUUCCUCAUGGCUGUGAUGUACAUCACGGGCGCUGGGCUCUAUGCUGCCCGCAUCCCUGAGCGCUUCUUCCCGGGCAAGUUUGACAUCUGGUUCCAGUCUCAUCAGAUCUUCCACGUGCUGGUGGUGGCUGCAGCCUUUGUCCACUUCUAUGGGGUGUCCAACCUGCAGGAAUUCCGCUAUGGCCUGGAAGGGGGGUGCACAGAUGACUCUCUCCUCUGAGAGUGCCUGGUUUUAGUACAAGCUUCCUAAGUGCUUUUUAAACUCUUGUCUUUGCUAAAAUCAAAGGAAGACUCAAAACCAUUUGGGGUUGUUGGUUUGUUGUUUGUUUUUUUUAAAGAAACAAAAAAAAAAAAAAAGAAAUGGAGAAAUCCUUUAGCAAAGUUAUUGACCAAAUCCUCACCCCCUUCCCCACGCACUGCGCUGGGGCUGCAGGGGUGCUCCCAACUCCUCCAGAUAGUGUUUUAGCUGCACCGGGAUCACCUGCUGCUCCGACAGCACAGGGAACAGCUUCCUGCUCCCGCACAGCCGAGCACAUCUCGCUCCUCAUGCACCAGGAGUUCUGCGUAUCUCCCACAGCAGUGCCUGGCUGGGGCAGCCCCAGGCAUGGGCACACACUCAUGUAAUUUAAAGUUUUAAUUGUCCUUUUUGUUUUGUUCUGUUUUCCUUGACAAAGUAAUGUAAACAUAAAUGAAAGAAUAUUUAAUAUUUAAUACUAAGCUUUAAGACAACGCGCUGCCACUGCAGUCCUCAGCUCCCUCGCUGUCGGGAGGAAGGACAGUGUUGUAGGGAAUGUAGAGCUGCUGUAGCUGAUUGAAAUAAAAAGGUCAAUAGUUCAGUGUCA